AUGACGGUGGUAUCGAUCUACGUCCCUCCCAAUACUCAACAGUGUCAAGAACAGCUGGGUGACUUCCUCGAAACGCUUCCUCGUCCAGUGCUGGUACUAGGCGACUUUAACGCGCAUCAUAUUUGCUGGGGUUCUACGAAAUCUACCGCACUAGGCCACUUCAUCGCCGAAAAAACGCUAUCGGAACGAUUACUCAUCCUCAACGACGGAUCGCACACUCGGAUUGAUCCAGCUACCGAAGCUGGCACAUCGCAACACCCGUGGAUUCAGCAGAUUGAAAACAUGCUACGAGGCCGUCCAAUCAAGCUGUGCUGGAUUCCGGGUCAUGCUGGUAUCCAUGGCAACGAAGAGGCAGACCGCCUCGCUGGAGAAGCCAGGGGUAAUGCCCCUUUGCAAAUAGCUGUUCCGGGAGCAGACGCGAACAACCGAAUGAAAACAGCUAUCCGAAAUCAAUGGUUCCGUCGAUGGUCUGCGUCCACUGAAGUAAAACUUCGCGAAGUUAAGUUCGACACAGGGAAGUGGACUGACCGCGAGAAUUCGGCUGAACAGCGAGUGCUUACCCGGCUACGAAUAGGGCAUACCCGGCUAACACACGACUUUCUGCUUAAGAAAACUUCACCACCAGUGUGCGACUGCUGUGGGAUCAUUGUAGAUGUCCGCCAUGUGAUCCUCCACUGCAGAAAGUACGACGACGUUAGAAGGAAGCACGACAUCGAGUCGACUAGUCUGCGAGCGGCUCUGCGCAACGACAGGAAAAAUGAGGAGAGUAUGGUAAAAUUCCUCAAGGAAACUAACUUGUUCAAUAUGUUGUAA